GUGCACCAGGACCUGCAUGACAGCCUCCUGCAGGGCUUCCUGAAAACUGAUCAGCAGUUUUUGGGACUUUCCCAGGGCAUGGAGAACGGCGGCUCCGGCAGCACCGCUGUCGUGGCUUGCAUUGUCGGCGGCUGGGUUUGGUGUGCCAAUGUGGGCGACAGCCGGGCGCUGCUAUGUCGCAAUGGUCGCGCCCUGCAGCUUUCCCUGGACCACAAGCCCAGUCGUGCAGACGAAGCGAAGCGAAUCGAAGAGGCCGGUGGCUUCGUCUCCUUCCAUCGCGUGCUGGGCCGAUUAGCCGUGUCGCGUGCUUUCGGAGACGAGGAAUACAAGGUCGGGGUCGCCAAAUCGGACAUCACGCA